AGUCGCCUGCUCGACGAAAACUGUCUCGAUGUGAUUAUGAAUUAGUUUCAUGACAAGUACAGUAAACGGGAGGGAGAUCUUGAGAUGUAUUCGUCAAAAGCAGCAUCGAAGCCUUACGUCAAAUGAACGCGACGCUAGGGUAGUCGCUGACCGAAUACGAGUCGCGGUUGGUUGUUGCUGGGAGACGGCGGGGAAUGGAGAGGCAGCGGCACCGAUGUUCCGCCGUGAUCCUCCGGGAAUCUGUGCUGUAGACAUACAACAAUGAAUCGUUAAAUAUAAUCACGGUCAUUACUGGUUGAUGUGAAGAUGAGGCCCCAGCUCCUGACCUGGGAUGUGAAAGGCACUCUACUCCGUGUUCGCCACUCAGUUGGCGAGCUGUACUCCUCAGAGGCCAAGCUCCAUGGAAUCCAGCUGGAGGCCAGAGCUCUUGACAAAUCAUUUCUAGCUGCGCUCCAAAUGCAAGACAAGCUGUUCCCCAACUAUGGCCAAGACCAGGGUCUGAGCUCCCAGCAGUGGUGGAUAGAUGUGGUCAAAAAGACCUUCUGUCACUGUGGAGUGAGCAAUGAGCAAGUACUGUCCCCAAUGGCAGUGAAUCUUUAUCGUCAGUUCUGCAGCGCUGGCAACUGGCAGGUGUUUAGUGAUGUGGAGAACACUCUGGUACACUGCAGGAACCUGGGAAUCAGCAUGGCAGUGAUUUCCAACUUCGAUCGCCGCCUGGAGAAGAUCUUAACCAAUUGUAACCUGCGGCAGUACUUCAAGUUUGUGUUGACAUCUGAAGAUGUUGGAACUGCCAAGCCAGAUCAACGGAUCUUCGCUGCAGCCCUGAGCCUUGCCCAAGUGGAACCCAAGCAGGCCAUGCACAUUGGAGAUGAUGUGGGGAUGGAUUACCUGGCAGCCAGGGCCAUCGGAAUGGAGAGCUACCUGAUCUGCAGAAGACAAGAGGAACUCUCUGCUGCAAAGGGGUUGGUGCCCGAGGCCCACAUCCUCCACUCCCUGCAGCAGUUGUGUGGUCUCAUUAACUGAAUACCUAGUGCUGUUCAUGUGCGCGUGUCCAAAUCAGCACUCUCACUGAACGAACCCUAACAUUCAGAAUUCUGACAGCUAUUGGAAGGCUCAAGUAGGAUUUCUUCCUGGGACAAUGAGCAGUGUGAGCUUGUGUAAAAACUUGAGUAAUGAGGCAGAGGGACCAGUCUGGAUUCCUAGUAGAUGGUCUCUGUCUAGGCAAACAGCAGAAGAAUUCUAAACAUUUCUGGUAGUGUGUCAUCGGUUGAUGACGUUUAUCAAAAAGAAUCCUACGAUUAACAUUCUGCUGUUGUGGUUUCUUCACUUCUGAAAUUUUUUUUUCUUUGAUCGGUUUCUCAUAUUCAGUGUGAAAAAAUGUUAUCUUACUUUAAAUCAGUGUCUCUACAACCUGUUUCAAUGGAAUGAUGCAGAGAGAAUGUGAGAUAAGUGUUUCUGCCUGGAAACAUUUACUGGGUAAUAGUGUGUACAGCCAUGCUAACAAAUUGGAAUGGUAAGACAGUAAAUGUUAAGAAUAAAGUGCCUUCUGAGAAAUCAGUGCUCCACCUUAACAGAAUGCACUGAGCUACUGUGGACUUGAUGGGCACUCCAUAUUGUAAUUAAAUACCACUUUAUGCACAGGUAUUGUUGCUUAACUAGAAAGUUCACUAAGGCACAAAGUUCCCUACACUUAAAAGAGUACUGAAGCCAUGCUUUAAUUUCCCCUGGUCUAAUCAUCUAACAGGCUCAGUACACUGAUUAGAAAGUCUAGCUCUGUUAUAGGAGUCAAACUGGACCCACUGGAGGCUGUGGUAGAACAAAGGACCCCACGGAAAAUCCUAGCAAUUCAGGACAAUGUUUCUUACCCUCUGUAUGCCACCUUGGCUGAACAGAGGAGCACUAUUAGUAAUAGACUAAGACAAUUGCGCUGCUCCAAAGAGCACUGUAAGGGGUCAUUCUUACCCUCAGCCAUUAGGCUUUAUAAUAAGUCAACCUAUAGCCAGGUAAGUGAUGACCCCCUCCUGCAAGACUGUGGUAACUUAUUUUUUAUUCUUUCUACUUCUCUCCUAAUGUUUAUAUCUGUGCACUUGUAAUGCUGCUGUGACACUGUAAUUUCCUUUGGGAUCAAUAAAGUAUCUAUCUAUCUGAAACACAUCACAGUUCAUCACAGCAAUCUGCAAACAAAAU